AUGUGGCAUAUCAGCAUGCCAACUUGGCGCAGAGUGGCUGGUGACAAGAAAUGUUUCCAUAUGUGGGGUCGCAGUCGACAAGUCUCGCAAUCACACGGAAACCAUGCCUCGAGCUCUUCGCUGCGGUGGCGGAAGAAGAACUCCGACCAAGUUUGCUUUUGUGGUCUGAAGACAGUGAUCAAGAAGUCUGGGACAAGAGAAAAUCCUGAUAGAUUGUUCCAUGCUUGUCCAAUAUACCGGAAGGAAAGCCACUGUAAUUACUUUAGGUGGGCUGAGGACGACGAGUAUGAAGGAUUAGAGCACUUAGGAGAAGUUAAAACUGAUGCACAAAUGGAGAGUGAUGCUGCUUUAUUGAACCAUAACAUAUCUUGGAGAAUGAUGACCUUAGAAGCUGAAGUAAAAGCACUUAGGAUGCAACUGUAUUUUGGAUUAAUAGUUGUGAUUGUGGUUUUUAUGAUUAUGUGUAUGUUCUUUAGUGGGAAGUGAACCAGUUACUGUGAAAAAGUGAAAAGGAUGAUGCUGUAAACCUUGACAGUUUUAUGUUGUUGUGAAAACCUUGU